AUGCUGCUGCGCUCUGAGCAUCAGUUCCUUGGGUCUGCAGGUAGCCAGGGCAAAGACGUCACGCGGAGCACGGGAGUUGGGAUCCGAAAGCCAGCCUUCUCAUCAGGGCCCUGGAGAAGCGCGAGCUCCUGGCAUCAGGUGGACAGAGACCAGGGAUGCUGCUACUACACGUUCCGUGGUGCAGCGCACGGCCGCACAAAGACGGUCAACGUCGCCCAAGCUAAGACGCCCGCGCCGAUGAGGCGUUUUGUAAAACUCGUCAUUGCCGCGUCAGUGCUCAGUACCCAGCGCUCAGUGGUCAGCACUCGGUGGUCAGAGCUCGGUGGUCAGUGCUCAGUACCCAGCGCUCAGUGGUCAGCGCUUGGUGGUCAGAGCUCGGUAGUCAGUGCUCAGUACCCAGCGCUCAGUGGUCAGCACUCGGUGGUCAGAGCUCGGUGGUCAGUGCUCAAUACCCAGCGCUCGGUGGUCAGCGCUCGGUGGCCAGUGUUCAGUACCCAGCGCUCGGUGGUCAGUGCUCAGUACCCAGCGCUUGGUAGUCAGCGCUCAGUACCCAGCGCUCAGUGGUCAGCGCUCGGUGGUCAGAGCUCGGUAGUCAAUGCUCAGUACCCAGCGCUCAGUGGUCAGCACUCGGUGGUCAGAGCUCGGUGGUCAGUGCUCAAUACCCAGCGCUCGGUGGUCAGUGCUCGGUGGUCAGUGCUCAGUACCCAGCGCUUGGUGGUCAGCGCUCAGUACCCAGCGCUCAGUGGUCAGCGCUCGGUGGUCAGAGCUCAGCAGUCAGCAAUCAGUACCCAGUGCUCAGUGGUCAACACUCGGUGGUCAGUGCUCAGUACCCAGCGCUUGGUGGUCAGCGCUCAGUACCCAGCGCUCAGUGGUCAGCGCUCGGUGGUCAGAGCUCAGCAGUCAGCAAUCAGUACCCAGUGCUCAGUGGUCAACACUCGGUGGUCAGUGCUCGGUGGUCAGAGCUCGGUGGUCAGUGCUCAGUACCCAGUGCUCGGUGGUCAGAGCUUGGUUGUCAGCGCUCAGUACCCAGCGCUCAGUGGUCAGCGCUCGGUGGUCAGUGCUCAGUACCCAGUGCUCGGUGGUCAGCACUCGGUCAGAGCUCAGCUGUCAGUGCUCAGUACCCAGCUCUCGGUGGUCAGCGCUCAGUGAUCAGAGCUUAGUGGUCAGCGCUCAGUACCCAGUGCUCGGUGGUCACCACUCGGUGGUCAGAGCUCGGCAGUCAGUGCUCAGUACCUAGCUCUUGGUGGUCAGUGCUCAGUACCCAGCUCUCGGUGGUCAGUGCUCAGUACCCAGCGCUCAGUGGUCAGUGCUCAGUACCCAGCGCUCAGUGGUCAGCACUCGGUGGUCAGAGCUUGGUGGUCAGUGCUCCGUACCCAGCACUCAGUGGUCAGUGCUCGGUGGUCAGUGCUCAGUACCCAGUGCUCGGUGGUCCGCUCUCGGUGAUCAGUGCUCAGUACCCAGUGCUCGGUGGUCAGUGCUCGGUGGUCAGAGCUCGGUGAUCAGUGUUCAGUAUCCAGUGCUCAGCGGUCAGCGCUCCGUACCCAGCGCUCAGUGGUCAGAGCUCGGUGGUCAGCGCUCAGUACCCAGCGCUCAGUGGUCAGAGCUCAGUGGUCAGUGCUCAGUACCCAGCGCUCAGUGGUCAGAGCUCGGUGGUCACUGCUCAGUACCCAGCACUCGGUGGUCAGUGCUCAGUACCCAGCGCUCAGUGGUCAGAGCUCAGUGGUCAGAGCUCGGUGGUCAGUGCUCAGUACCCAGUGCCCAGUGGUCAGAACUCGGUGGUCAGUGCUCAGUACCCAGUGCCCAGUGGUCAGAGCUCAGUACUCAGUGCUCAGUGGUCAGCGGUCGGUGGUCAGAGCUCGGUGGUCAGCGUUCAGUACCCAGCGCUCAAUGGUCAGUGCUCAGUGGUCAGUGCUCAGUACCCAGCUCUCAGUGGCCAGCGCUCGGUGGUCAGUGCUCGGUGAUCAGUGCUCAGUACCCAGCGCUCAGUGGUCAGCACUCGGUGGUCAGAGCUCAGUGGUCAGUGCUCAGUACCCACUGCUCGGUGGUCAGAGCUCAGUGGUCAGCGCUCAGCACCCAGCGCUCAGUGGUCAGUGCUCGGUGGUUAGUGCUCGGUGGUCAGUGAUCAGUACCCAGUGCUCGGUGGUCAGCACUAAGUGGUCAGAGCUCGGUGGUCACUGCUCAGUACCCAGCGCUCAGUGGUCAGCACUCGGUGGUCGGCGCUCGGUGGUCAGUGCUCGGUGGUUAGUGCUCGGUGGUCAGUGAUCAGUACCCAGUGCUCAGUGGUCAGCACUAAGUGGUCAGAGCUCGGUGGUCACUGCUCAGUACCCAGCGCUCAGUGGUCAGCACUCGGUGGUCGGCGCUCGGUGGUCAGUGCUCGGUGGUUAGUGCUCGGUGGUCAGUGAUCAGUACCCAGUGCUUAGUGGUCAGC